GAGCCGGAAAGGGCGGUAACGCUUCCAGUGGUGGAGCAGAAGGAACCGGUGAAGGCCAUAGAGGAGGGCGCGGCGCUCUUCUUUUGCCUUUGUGCGGGUUGGGUGUUCCUUCUCCUGGUGGCUGGCAGUGUUUUGGGCUGCGUGGCGGCUUUGGG